UUGUUUGGCCCGUGGUGCCACAUAUCGCACUACUUGACCCCAGAAUCCCCGCUCGUUACUGUGCGCGCUUGGUGGACAUCGACGCCGUCUUCAUUCUGUCCGAGUGCAAGAUCAAUGCGAGAUGAAGUCCAUCGUCAUUCUCAUCGCGACUAUCGCAAUACUGGUCCAGGCCCAAGCGAUCGGAGGGCCUGGAACGAACAUUCCCGGAUGCGUUGAUUAUUGUAUCAGGCCAGAGAUCGGGGACGCUGGUUGCUCGGACGCUCUCUGUUCAUGCCGGCACGAAGACGCGAUCCUCUCGUCAUCUGAUAGCUGCCUGACCAAGCAUUGCGCAAAUUCGACUGAGAAAGCUGAUGUCAUUACUCUCGUCCGGGCGUUUUGUUCAGCACUCUUAGCGAACAGUACCUCGUCCGAAAGUCCGACCUCCAGUCCGACCUCAACUCCGACCAGCUCGCCAGCCGGAUCAUCGCCAGCCGCUAGCGAUGCAUCAGAUACGGCCGCACCAUUUGUCGACACAGGAGCAUCCAGAUCUGGUCUUUCCACUGGCGCAAAAGCAGCAAUCGGAGUCGUCGUUCCUGUCGUUGUACUUGCUCUUCUCGGUCUCGCCGCAUUUCUCUACCGCCGCCGACGCAAAGCCAAAUCCGGCGUCACCACAUCGGAAUACGACGAGAAAGGCAUGGCUACAAGAUACGCAAAACACAACCCGUAUGAUCCGCCCGCGUUUGUAGAGCUCGCAGGACAGCCUGUCUCAGCAUCUAAAGGCAAGGCUGAGGCACCAGGAGAAGAUCUCAUGAGGAGUGAACUGCCCGGCAGCGAGCCUGGUCAAAAACCAUCUUACACAAUUGCCACAUCUGGCUCACCAGAACAAUAUACGAUACCUGUUAUGACUACCGCCGGCGCAGUAGGUCCAACAGCUCCACAGCACUCAUCCGUCUUGUCUAAGCACAGGAGCGGGGACAGCAUACCCGUAGAUGUCUCCGUGUCGACACACAAAGCGGACAGUGUAGUACCACAAUCCCGUGCGUUCAGGGCAAAUACCAUAGAUGAAGCCCAGGCAGCACAUGUGAUCCAUGUGGGUCCUCAAACUACAGAUCCUGCGCCGUCAGAAAGGACAGCCUCUGAGGUACCUGCGUCUGAAUCCACCAAGAACCCUAAUGUCUCCCCCCCAAUAUCUCCACCGGCAUCUCCUCCUCUACCCAAUUCUACAACGUCUCCGCCCCCACAAAGAGCAAAGUCAUUGAUCGUGCAGAAGCCUGGUUGGCAGGGCGAGUAGUGAUGAUACUGGGGUCGAACGUUGGAGCAUCCGAAGGGCAAAAUUGCUCAGGUGAGGGUUAAUUACAAACGACGACUCCGAGGUCGUGAUUUGAUUGUUGUAUUGUGAGAACUGGGGACUAUGUUCGGCACAUGGGAAUUUGUCGUCCGACUAUGAAGCUACGAAGUGAUGAAAAACCAUAUAAUGAUACCUGGAGAGCUGCGAGCGUGGAGAUCACAUGAUCAUGCCGAGAGCUGGAGGU